AUGUCCAUGCCGAUGAAUGUCGUCGCGCAAUUUUUUGGCUUCUAUCUGGAUACAGUGGUAGCCCCUCUAGUUCAGGCUUUGGAAGACAAGAUUAGGGAAUUACAGGCCCAGGCUCUAGCUGUAACCGAUAGGGAAUCUAGGGUAGCUAAUCGGGGUGAUACACCCAGUGAUGUGUCGUCCCAGCUAUUCCCCUCCGUCUACCCUUUCCCGGACGCUGGCUAUCCCUCCCCACCACCUCCUACGGUGUCAGGCUCGAGC